CUCAGGUAUGGCGGAAAACUUGGAGAAAGCGCCUGAAGAGUUAGAGAUCACAGCAGAAGCUGAUAAAAACCGACUGAAAGAUCGAAAGUUCUCGUGGGCCAAGCUCCGCCGUGUCGAUUCUCUCAAUUUGGAGGCCGGUAGACUCUCUUUUGCCGAAGCCAAGCACACCCAUUCCAAGGUGAAUUGGGCGACGACGUUGAGUUUGGCAUUUCAGUCGGUCGGAGUGAUCUACGGAGAUAUCGGAACUUCACCGCUUUAUGUAUACGCCAGCACUUUCACCAACGGCAUUGGCCACCCAGACAACCUUAUUGCCGUCCUCUCCCUCAUCAUCUACUCCAUAAUUCUCAUCCCUUUCUUCAAGUACGCAUUCAUCGUUUUGAGAGCCAAUGACAAUGGUGAAGGUGGAACCUUUGCGCUCUAUUCCUUGAUGUGCCGACACGUGAAAAUGAGCUUGAUCCCGAAUCAACAACCGGAGGAUCGAGAGCUUUCAAACUACCGGUUGGACACUCCAUCGAACCAGUUCAAGCGGGCGCAUAAAAUCAGAGGGAAGAUCGAGAACAGCUCACUUGCAAAAGUCGGUCUUUUCUUGAUCACUAUCCUCGGCACUUCGAUGGUUAUAGGAGACGGGGUUUUGACCCCAUCGAUCUCUGUUCUUUCUGCGGUUGGUGGCAUCAAAUCCUUAGGACAAGACGCUGUGGUGGGAAUUUCCGUGGCGAUUCUGAUCAUCCUAUUCUGUGUUCAACGAUUUGGAACUGACAAAGUGGGAUAUUCAUUUGCUCCGAUCGUAUGCCUGUGGUUUUCCUUUAAUGGCAUCGGUUUAUACAACCUCUUCACGUAUGGUUGGGGUGUACUCCGCGCGUUUAAUCCAUUAUAUAUUGUGGAUUACUUCAGAAGAAGCGGCAAGGACGGGUGGGUAUCUCUUGGUGGAGUAGUUCUUUGCAUUACAGGGACGGAAGCUAUGUUUGCUGAUCUGGGUCACUUCAAUGUUCGAGCAGUUCAAAUUAGUUUCUCCACCAUUACCUUGCCUUCUUUACUCAUUGCAUAUAGUGGCCAAGCAGCCUACCUAACCCAACACCCGGAAAACGUCGGCGAUACUUUCUACAAAUCUAUUCCAGAUCCAUUGUAUUGGCCAACAUUUGUUGUAGCUGUUGCUGCUUCCAUUAUUGCUAGCCAAGCUAUGAUUUCCGGAGCAUUUUCAAUUAUCUCUCAGUCCUUAACUCUGGGUUGUUUUCCCAGAGUUAAGGUGGUGCACACCUCGGCUAAGUACGAGGGUCAGGUUUAUAUACCGGACAUCAACUACAUGCUCAUGAUUGCCUGCGUUAUCGUCACCGUUGCAUUCAGAACGACUGAAAAGAUCGGCCACGCUUAUGGAAUUGCUGUUGUGGCUGUGAUGUUGAUCACAACAGGCAUGGUUACCCUUAUCAUGCUAGUGAUAUGGAAGACGAACAUAUUGUGGAUUCUCCUCUUCGUUGUGUUCUUCGGUGCCGUCGAGUCUGUAUAUCUCUCGUCCGUCUUGUAUAAAUUCGUUCAAGGCGGCUACCUUCCACUGGCAUUAUCUCUUGUCCUCAUGACAAUCAUGGGAACAUGGCACUACGUGCACCAAAAACGAUACGAAUUCGAGCUGAAUAAUAAGGUUUCUAAUGAACAUGUUAAACAACUGGUGGAAGAUCCGAAGAUAAAUCGGGUGCCGGGAAUUGGUCUUUUGUACUCGGAGCUGGUUCAAGGCAUACCUCCCAUUUUCCCUCAUUUCAUUUCCAGCAUACCUUCCAUCCAUUCAGUUCUAGUCUUUGUCUCAAUUAAGAAUCUUCCGAUCACCAAAGUGGCAUUGGAGGAGAAGUUCCUCUUUCGACACAUCGAACCAAGAGAACAUAGAAUGUUCCGCUGCGUUGUAAGAUACGGCUACAAGGAUACGAUGGGAACCCCUGACGUGUUCGAGAAACAACUGAUUGAGAAGUUGAAGGAAUUCAUCCGUCAUGAACAUUACAUAGCCGAAGGUGAGACAGAGGCGGUUGAACAAACUACUGCUCUUAUCGUAAAUCAAGGAAAAGAGAAAGGAAGCAGCAAAAGGGCUGUUUUUGUUGAGGAAACGCUAAACCAGAUCAAUCAAUCUCGUACAUCCUCUGCAUCCAUCCAGUCGAUCAAUGUGGCACGAUCGACAAACUCAUCCACCCGGAUUGUAUCCGCACCGAUAGCAGGAGCCGAAGAGGAGCUGCAGUUUGUUGAGAAAGCAAAGGACGAUGGAGUUAUUUACCUCCUAGGAGAAGCUGAAGUGAUGGCUGAACCGAAUUCUUCGUUCAUGAAGAAGAUAAUUGUGGAUUAUAUGUAUAAUUUUCUGAGGAGGAACUUCAGGCAAGGUGAGAAAGUGAUGAUGAUACCACAAUCCAGGCUUCUAAGGGUCGGAAUGACAUACGAGAUUUAGAAUACUCGGUGAAAUGUAAGGUGAGCUUCGUGGAGUCAAAAGAAGUAUAUAUAUAUAUAUACGUGUGUGUAAUAUACGUACAGUGUAAUGGCUUUGGCAAUAAUAUGUAUGUUUGCUU